CCAUGAAAACAACAAUCUUAUUAUUGCUGUAUAUUAUUAAUUAGGCAUAUUGCCAAUAAAAUGAUGAAAUCUUAGGAUAUAUGUAUGUGUUUGCUUAAGAAUGGCCAGGAUCUAUUUGCAAAUUUUAAAAGUGUACAAAAACAUAUAUGGGAAAUUAUGAUAAUGCUAGAUGGAAUACACAUGGAUUAUGGCCAAAUACAAUGUUACAAACUAGUUGUGGGAUGAUAUUCAAUUGCAAAGAUGAAGAAUAUGAUGAAGAUAAAUUAACAAUUGCUACUAAGACAUUAAUUGAUGUUACUUGGAAUGGUAUGUAUUCAGAUACAUUCACAUUCAGAAAGUAUUUGAUUGUAAUUAUUAUGUAGACAUGAAUGGGAGAAACAUGGAACUUGUCAUCCAGAUAAUCUCUCAUAAAAUGGUUAUAUGUCAAGAGUUGGAAAUCUUAAUAAUCAAUAUAAUUAUUAUAAAAUAUUAGCAUCAGCUGGAAUCUAUCCAGAUGAUGAUAGAUAAUUAACAGAUGGUGAAGUUAGAGCAGCAUUUACUAAAGUAUUAGGAAUAUCAACAGCAAUGUCAUAUACAUGUUAAAAAGAUUGUAAAUAUUAUUAUUUAUUAAUUAAGCAUCAACUGGUAAAUUUUAUAUUGCUGAAUUAAGAACUUGUUUCACAUAAGCUAUGAAACCUAGAACAUGUGAUUGUAGUAAACCUGUUAGUGCAUUUGUAACAUGUGGAAAGACAUUCUAUUAUCCAACUUUUCUUUUAUCAGUUGAUGAAUAAAUAGAAUUAGAAGAGAUACCUGAUUUGAGUAAUGGUUUCUUAGAGUGAG